AUGGUUGAAAGAUAUCGUAAUAAUCAGUCUGCUUGUUCAUCGGAAGCAGCUGAUGCUUUUGAACGUGAAGUUCUUGACCACUACGAAAUAAAUAGAGAAAAACAUAAUGGUGAGUGUUUUUUUUUGUUGGUGCAAAUAAUCUUUUGUCAAUCCGCUUUAUGUAAUAUUAUACUCGUUGUAUCAUAUAUAUUUCAUGAAAAUGUAGUGAAUAAGAUCUUUAUUGAAAAUUUUAAUAAAAUCUGUCACCAGUCGAGAAAUGACCGCCAAAUGAUGGAUGAACAAUUUUUAUUCAAAUUGAUUUCAUUCAAAAAUGUAAUUAGUAAAAUCUAACGCGAACAUACAUACGAGCGUACAUAAAUUAUGAUAGGUAUCAACCUUGAAAACUAUUUUGUCACUUUUGUCUGAAUACAACAAAAAAAACGAAGAUUGAGCUUUUGAAAAUUCUACAUUCUUCCUGUUUUUCAACAAAAAAGUGUUGUAUAUCUGUUUUCUCAAUCUUUCAUUGCGGCGAUCCUUUUUAUAUGAGGAAAAAAGUGUUUUACAAUCGUUCGAGACAACAUUGUAUAAAGGUCAACGAAACUUUCAACAAUAAACAUGUUCUAUUUCACUUUGUAUUAUUAAUCACUUCACUCCUUUUUGACAACUGUUUUUGUUUUAAAAACUGACCAAGCAAGCAGCAUAUAAAAAUCAAUUUUCUUUCUCUUGCUCUCUUUGAAUUGAACACUGCGAGCUUCUUUUGUGCUGCGUAUCGAUAGAUAGUAUAAAUAAAUAUCAAUUUGUAUUCAAUAUAUUAUUUGUCAAGUGUGCACGGUAUUUAUGUAGCAAAAAAGGAGAAAAGCGGCUGAUUUCUAUGUGUUGUAUUGUAUUUAUGAGAACAAAAGUGACAAUAAUGACUUCCGAUUGAAUAGGAUUUAAUAAAAAGGGUCCCUAUAGAUUUAUUGUAGUUUUACUUUUAAUGACGACUAUUAUUAGUAUUGUUUGAUUUUAACUGCAUUUUUCCGAGAAUAAUCAAUUUAGCUCACUCAAAACCAUAUCAAUUUAAUGUUUUUCAAUAUAAUCGUGUCAAAUACCAUUUAUAAAAUUAUAUAGUAGUUGUUCUAUUAUUCUUGACAUUAAAUUAAGGUAGUCGGCGGUCACUAAUCUGCCGAUUUAUCUCUUAUUUUCAAUCAGUUUUCUUCUAUCUUCUCUCAUCUCCAAUAAGUUUUUAUACUAUAUUAGGAGGGGGUGAAUAGGCGUGUGGCCAGUACACAUAAUAUACAUGGAAAAUGUGUUUGCACAUGAAAUUUGAGUCAAGUUCGGGCGUGGUUAGACAAAAACAGACAAUUGACAACAAAAGCACAGUUUGUUUUUUGCGACAAAUUAUAUUAUACAGACUAGUUUCAUGUGAAAUAAAAUGAAAGAAAAAGAAGAGAAAAAGCAAAAGGCAAGAAAUAAGAACCUAAAAAACGGAAUGAAAAAUUGAUGUUUGAUUUUAAUUUUUUUCAGAUGAACGAGAUAAUAUCCAGAAAAAGACGUUCACCAAAUGGGUCAAUAAACACUUAACGAAGGUAGGUUUUUGGGGUGGAAAUUUAAAUUUGAAAUAUAACAAAUUGAAAAUUAUUCGCUUUUCUAUUCAUAGUUUUAUGCAGAAAUAAUGUAGGCAAACGCAGGGUAAUGAAAUAAUAGUAAAUAACCUCUAAUAGUUUUAAACUUCCUGUAAAGCUAAAUAAUUUCACUUAAAAUUCUAUUCUCGGUUAUGGCUUUUUCAGUUUUAACUUUCGUUUUUAUUUUCGAAUAAAAGCUUUAAAAGCCAUUUUUUUCAUGUUGUAUCUUGUUUGAUCACAAAUGUAAAUGUUGACUUUUGUAGAAAAAAAAUGCGUGGGUUAACUGAAAAUGAGAAAUCUCACAAUUCUUCAAUUUUAAAAACUGCCACAUUUGUACGACUGAGAAGACUUUUCGAAAUUGGAAAAAAGGUAUAAACUGUGAGAAUAGCCCCCCAUUUGGCAAAUUCAUUUCGAUUCCCCACAUUUUCAUUUCUUGUUUUCCAGUCAGAUUGGAAGAAUAAAAAGACAUUUUAAUAUUUGAACGUGACAUUUUAAAUCAGCAAUUGACACUCUAAAAGAAAAAUUCUAAAAUUAUUUAAAAUUCAACGCAAAACGUGUCCUGAUUUUCAAUGUCCUAUUUAUCUCUCACAGUCUCAGAAUCAGUUUAUUCUUCCUUUAUGGGAAAACAAUAAAUGGCCGAAAUUAUUUGUGAGUUUAAUGGGUUCUACCGUAGUUUGGGAUUUCGUAGGAGAGCUAGUUUUUAGAAAUCGUACAACAACAGGAAAACAAAUCUUGUCUCAUUAAAAAUUCCACCGAAUUGGUACCGAUUGAAAUUGAUUUUCCAAUACAAUUAUUUUUGUUUUCAGACGGGUCUCAAAGUCGAUGAUCUUUUUGUUGAUCUUCGCGAUGGUUAUGCAUUGAUUGCACUUCUUGAAGCUCUCACCGGAGAGCGCAUCGUAAGUUGCUUUUUUUGAAAUGAAUCCCACUCUGAAUUAUUUUGUUUUCAGCAAAAAGAGAACGGUUAUACACGAUUUCAUAGAAUACAAAAUGUGCAGUAUUGUCUGGAUUUUUUGCGAAAGAAAAAUGUGAGUUGGUAUUAGGGAAGACUGUUGGAAAAAUAAAAACAACAAGAUGUUGAAAAUAUUAGAAAUAAUUAAUUUUUAAAAUUUAAUCUGAUAUUGAGUAUUCACGUGAACUUGAUUCAUUUUCAAAAAAAAUUGAAAUUGGAUCUUCAUUUCAAGUUUCCACGUUAGAGAUUAAAAGUCGAAUAGUAAGUUGUUUGCCCUGUAAUUUCAGGUUCGGAAUCUAGAAUGCAUAGAAAGAUUUUUGAACAUUUAAUUAUUUUCAGCUAUGCAAAAAAUUUCAAAUUUCAAUAAGACUCAUCUUCCUUUGAAUUUCUCAUAACUUCAAAAACAGCAACAUUUUUUUCAGAUCAAAUUGGUAAACAUUCGACCGGAAGAUAUUGUAGAAGGAAAUGGAAAAUUGACACUUGGUCUCAUUUGGACAAUUAUUCUCAACUUCCAGGUUUCAGUUAUUAGGCAACGUUUGUUGGCUGAUAUCCAACAAGAACGGGCAUCAAAUACAUCACGCGAAAAUGCUCACAACUCACAGGUCCUUGCUUUUUAUACUAACAUUUUAUAUUAUUUUCACAUUUCAUCGGUGUCAGGUAAGCCACACACAUACAAAACGAAUUUUGGUAAGUCCAGGUUAUUAUUUAUUCAUUUAUGAAUCACGCUGAAUCCCUUUUCGCUUACUUUGAGUUUUUUCACAGUGUGUAUAUUUUUUUUCAUUCCAAAUAAGUUUUUCUUCAAAUCCCUUUCUAACGUUCUCUUAUAUUGAUACUCUCGUUCUUCUCUCAAUUAGUAAUUCGUUUUUCAAAUUCUUCAAAUUGAUAAUUCCCGACCACACCCAAAAAAUUUCAAAACAUUCUGAAAUAAUUGUGUGAAAAUCUGAAAUGAAGAAGAUGAAGAGAGAAGUGAACUGGGUGUGUCUUUUUUCCGAUUUUUAAUCAGCAGAAGAAAAAAAUUGAGGCGGCGGAAAUUGAUUACGACCACCCUUUUCAAGGUUUCUCGGUAUUUUUUUGGUUUUGAAAAAAAAACAUGGAUUUCUAUUGGACAACAUUAACUUUUUGGACUUUGUGAUACACUUAAUAUGGGUAUAACAAAAUAUUAUAUUGUGGACUUUUAGGGAACCAUUUUUGUGUUCAAAGAUUAUAUAGUUGCGUAUGAGUUUCUAUCUUCAUCAUCAGUCAAGAAUUCGUAUUUAUUUUGUGUUGUUUUCCAUCCAACUUGUCAUAGUUGCCCCACCCAUUCAUUCAUUGUUCUCACGCCCUUUUUUUUGUUGAAAAUGUGCCAAGAAGAUUUAUGAUACACAAAAUGAUUCAAUGGAAAUGAGAAAAAUCAAGUGGAAUUAAUUCGGAUAAGAUCAAAAAGUGGAGGAAUGCAAGUAUUUUAUGAGAAAGAAAUAUAUGGCACACAAUGAAUCAUCAUUCGAAUAUUGAAAAUAAAAAAGAAAACAAAAUCGAAUAAAGCGGGAAGAAGAAAAAGAGUCUGUGUUUCAUACACAAUACAUUUAUGGGCAGAAUCAUCAAAAGCAUAUAUAACAUAACAUAUAUAUAGAUGACAGUAUGAAUAGUCAAUAGAAAGAGGACGACGUGGAAAAUAUUUGCUCGUUUGCGAUUUCACGGAUUAUUUUUCACUAUUUUGUGUAUUUUUUAUCACUCAGUUUCUAGUUUCGGAAAUUCUUCGAACUUUAGAUUGAUUUUUUCGUAGUGAAGUUUUUGAUCUAGAAUUAUUGAAUUUUCGAUAAUUUUAAUAUUUCUAGUUUUGAAAAGUGUUCACUUUCACCGGAUUAGUGUCAUCAUCGUUGAUUUUUUGCUUUUUUAAUUAGUCUCGACAUGGAAACAUUUGAAUAUUUAUUUGUCAAACAGUUUAAUAGUAUUUCUACUAGAAACAUUUAAUUUUGAAUUUUUUUUAUCAACGGAAAAAAAAACAAUUAAACCUCCUGAAUUUAAAAUGAUAAAAAUUGAACUCAUUUUUUCUUGAUGAUGGUCACAUUUAUCAUACCGAAAAUAAUGGACCUCGAAGCGUCAGUUGGUUUCUCUCACUAUUUUUUUGCUACUAUUAUUUUUAUUUCGUUUUUUUCUCUCUAAUAUGUAGUUUAACUCCCGAAAGAAGUAAAUCUUCUGUGUAAAUAUUGAGUAAAACGAGAAUAUUUCUAAUGUUUUUUUUGGUGAGAAUAUGGAGAGAAACAAUAGAUCCUAUAAUAUUUUAUGAAUUUCGCAGCUUUAUCAAAAAAUGUGACUGUAACAAAGCUGUCAAAAUUUCGAAGAUCGAGAAUUUUCAAAAUCUGUAGAAUGUUCAAAACAAAUUUUGAACCUCAAGUUUUAGUUUGAAUUUUGUUCUACUAUUUUUCAAAGCGAAACUCAAAAUAUUCCCUUUUUCGUAUUUUUAGGCAACUUCGGAAUACAUUUUGUAGUAACAGAUUUCCAAACGAGGUAUAGGAAUGUUUUUCUCGAAUUUUCCUUGAAUAUCAAACAAAAGUUCGAAAAAAUAAAUGUAAAUUUGAUGUUUCUUUAACCUGUUUGACAAACAAUUGUGUUUAUUCAUGUUUCCAUGUAAAUACUUAUUUGCUCACAAAAUGUUCGGAAAUAAUUUGUUUUUCGCUCUAUAAAAUGAGUAACUGUUUUGAUAAAAUGACAGAUGUAUGGUGAAAUGUUGGAAUCACUAGUGGAUUUUAUAAAUGAGACAUGUUGCUUGAUAUUUGGAAUUUAUUGUGGUGAAACCCCUUCUUCUUCUUCUUCGAAAAGAAAUUAUGACAUUGAACAACAAAUAGGUGGAAUAAGAGAUGAGAGACAACAAGACAACGAGACAGUAGAAAAAGAAUCAACCUUUUUCUAUUCCUUCUUCUUCUCCACCUCUUCUUUGCCUUCUUCGGCCACGCCCAUCUCGAACAGUUAUUCCCACGCGUGCGAUUUUUGUGAUUCGUACGUUUGGCAUGCGACAGCUUGUCUAGCAACAACAUCACUCUUAUUAUUCGCAAUCGCAACAACUUUAACAAUGUAUAAAGUGGUCCGUUCAUUUUCGCGAAAAUCCGAAAAAAAACAUGAAAGCUCGGCAAAUUCGCAACAACAACAACAACAUCAGCAACAAGCUUUGAAUUUCAAUGGAAAUGGUGCAGCUGCAAAUGGUGGAAGUUCAUAUUAUGAAGAUUUUCGAAGUAAUGGAAAUAUUGCUGGAAAUGGAAAUGGAGCAUAUGGAGCACAAUAUAAUGGAGGAGGAAGCCAAAUAAUGGAUAAUAAACAUUUGGCAAAAGCUUAUUAUACUGGAACUGCUGGAGGUGGUUUCUCUGAAAGUUCGUCUUAUGAAACUCGUGAACAUUUUGAGCGAAAAGUUCAACGAGUUAAAAAGACAAGAGGUGAAAGAGAACGAUCGAGAUCAGUUCGAAGAGAUGAGGUUUGUUAUUUGAUAUUGUGAUUAGCUCUUUAUAUUAUUAUUAUUUUUUGUUGGUAGUCUUAAUUUUUGAUUAUCGAUUCUUUUUGUCUCUUUCCAUAAUUGUCUACACUUUUCUUUUGCUAGUUUUAAGUAUUCCGGAAAAUCAAUACCUUCUAUUAUAUUUUCCUCCAUUUUUUUCCUCUUUUUGAAUGCUUCUGCCACGGUCUGUUUGUGAAGAAACACAAAAAGAAGCGAAUAAAUAGAAAUCAAACAAAAAUUCGUUGUUUCUUCUUCUUCGCUUUCUUUCUUUUUUUCUCCGAAUACCAAAAUCAACUGGAACUAUUUCAAUAAACACCAAAAAUUAAUCGAUCAAUCAAUCUAGCACCAAACAAUUUCACAAGGUUAUCUUUUCUUUUUCCUCUCUCUAUUUCAAAUAAUCUCUACAUCAUAUUUUUAUCCGCAUGAUGAUUUCAUUUACAUAAAAGGAUAGUCGACCCACAAAAACCGCGGAAUAAAAUAAUCGCAUAUAAAUAUAUAAUUUUAAUGGAACCAUAAAAAUAAUUAUGAAGGAAAAAAGAUUUGCGUUUCACGAACUCGAUUAGAACCUCUGGAUUUUCAGAAUAAAACUAGUUUGUUUGUGGUUUGACCUUGUCAGAUUUUUUUUUCGGUUUUAUUAUGACAUAAAAUUAGGCGGAUUGAUUUAUUGGUAAUUCGAAAAAAUUCCUCAUGAUCUAUGAGAAAAAUGCUUGUUUUUCCAAGAAAUAUAAUUUUGUGAAGCUUGUUCGAUUUCAGAAUUCUCAAGUCGAAGUAUAAUUAGAAUAUGAAUUAAUUAGUGAUAAUUUAAAUAUUUCUUUCAACUUUGGUAUCUCUCUGCAUUUUUUGUUGUUUCCAACUGUGCGCGACUCUUCUUCGCCACCGCCCACAAUCACCGAUUGCCAUCAACAACAAUUCCUUUUUAUUAUUUUUCGACAUACAACAAAAAUAGAGAAAAAAGAAGAAGAAGACGAAUAAGAAAAGAAACGGUAUUGGGUGUGGCUCUCUUUCUUUUCAUCUUCGAUUCGAACAAAAAUUUGUGUAAAAUGAAUUUGGUUUCUUGUUAUUUGAAAAAAACAUAGUAGCAGAUCCGGUAGGAAUAUGCAAAAAAACAUAUGCAAGCAAGCAAUAAUAAUAGCAUGUUAACAAUAAAUGAACGAGAUUUCGGCCUUGACGAUGUGAACGACGAGAAAUAUGAAAUAAAUAAAAAAGUAAAUCGUUCGAGUUUUUUCUUCUAAAACUACUGGUUUUAUCGUAUUUUCAUAAUAGUCUGCUGACUCAUAAAAAUUUGCAACAUUCAAGUAGAAAAUGGCAAAUAUUUACUUUUCCUUUAAAUUCGUGUCAAGGUAUUUUGUAUUUUAGUGAUAUUGAAUGUCAUUUAAUUGAUCAUUACAAAUUCCGGAUGAAAUUGUUCACUUUCUCUCAAAACUUUCCACAAUUAGUGUUACAAAUGUCUACAAAAAGUACUAGUACUAGUAAAAGUAUUGUUGUUAUUUAUUACAUUUUCACCUCCUCUUCUUUUUUUCUUCCUUUCCACCAGUUUUGUGUAACCUUGUUUAGACGGGCCGCUGGUUAUUGGAAUGAUGAUUGAUAAUAAAUAAGUAAGAGUAAAAACGAGAAGAGCGAAAAAAAAGGUGUUACCUUCUCAUUAUAAUUAGAAAUCUGAUAUACUUUAUUGAGAUGAAAAAGUGUCUUGUGAUUACAAUAAUCAAGGUCGAUGUGAAUUUUGAAUUUGGAGAAAAAUGUGAAUCUUUGCUGAAAUCCAGUUCUUUUCCCCCCAUUUCAUCUUUUUGCACUAAUAAUGACACAUUUUCCCUUUUUUCCAUUUCACAGAAAACAUGAAUAUACAUAAAAAAAGGUUUACUUUUGUUGAUUUGUUGAAAAAAUCAUGACUCAUGAUUACUGAAAAUAAAUAUGUGUGUGGCUUUCUAACUGACAAAAUAUGAAAUGAAAUUGGAAGAACAAGGAAUAUUUUGAAUUUUUUGCAGGUUUCCGAGGCAUUACAUGGAAGCGAUGCGACAUCGGCGCGCGACGCAUUGCUUCAAUGGGCCAGAAAGGUUAGUUUUUUUGAAAUAACUUUUAUUUAGAAAUACAAAUUGAGAAAUGUGAAAGUAUUUCUUAUGGAAUGUAAUCAAUUAAUUAGUUACAAACGAGUAUUUUGAUUUUAAUUUUGGUUUGAAAAUUAAAAGAAAUUUUCGAUAAAAAAAAGGCAUUUUCAGUGGGAAACAGAGUGAUUAGCAAAUUACUUGGAUAUAUUUAAAAAAAACUUAUACAAUAUGUUUUUCAUAAAUUUAGAUGUUUUCAAAAAAUUAUUAUUUUUCAGGUUACCGCUGGUUAUCCACGUGUCAAUGUUACCAACUUUUCAAGCUCUUGGCGUGAUGGUUUGGCAUUCAAUGCUAUUUUGCACAGAUAUCGACCAAAUAUUAUUGACUGGAACAAGGUAUGUUUUUGUUUUGUUCAUUGGCAUUCUUUCAUCUGUCACUACCAAUUUGGUUCUAAAUAUAUUCAUAAAUCCAAUUAAUAAUGAUUUUUAUCAUCAAUUUGAUUUGGCUGCUUUCAAUGGCUAAAAAACCAUUGAAGAAACCAGAAAUAAUUUCAUUUAUUUUAUCAUUUCUGAUUAUUAUUAUUAUUGUUGUACAUUUCAUUUAUCGUAACACAUCAGAUGAAAAAAGAAGAAGAAAUGAUAAAAUAAAAUAAGAUGAAAGAAAACAACAAUUAUUGUUUUUCGUCGUGCAGGGAAAAUAAUUAUUUGAAUAAAUAAAAGUUGGAAAAUGUGAGAAAAGAAAAUACUUGAAAUAUAUUUUCGAGUGACAAAUAUAGGUGUGCCUUUAAAGAUUAGAUUAGGAAAAACACGAAUAUUUUCAGAUCAGCGACGAAUCAGUUUCUAAUCGUGAAAGAUUGGAUAAUGCAUUUGCUGCUGCUGAAAAAGAAUUUGGAGUUUCUCGUCUUCUUGAUGCAGAAGAUGUUGAUACAAAUAAUCCAGAUGAAAAAUCAAUCAUCACAUAUGUUUCUUCAUUAUACAAUGCUUUGCCACAUUUACCAGAAUUGAAUCGAGUAAGUUUUAUUUUUUAUGUUAUUUGAUUCAUGUUCAUUCAAAUUGUCCUUGUCGUUCAAUCAAACAAAAUCUAUGUUAUAACUAUUGUCGAUGUUUUUUGUCCAGUCCAAUUUAUUCUAACAAACACUUUCAGCUUCAAAAAGUACAAGAAGAAUAUAUUGAAGAAGCAUAUGAAUGGAGAGAAUGGGUUGAAAGAGCAAUUAGUUUAGUUGAUGACAGAAUAAUGAGUGGAACAUCAACUGAAUUAAUUUAUGAAUUAGAACGAUUCCGAGAUGAUGAUUUACCACCAAGAGAUGAACAAAAAAGAAAACUUAUAAUGGUUUAUGAACAUCUUGAAAAAGUUAUGAAAUCAACUGAAUUUUAUGCAAUUCCACGUGAAGUUAGUGGACCUGAAUUGCAAAGAUGUUGGAAUGAAUUAAUUAGUUCAGUUGAAAGACGAUUUGAUGUUUUGGAAAGUCAUCGGGUUAAUGAGGUUUGGAUUUUUAAUAUAUCUGUGUCGGCAUGACUUUUUUUUGUUUAUCACUAACAAACAUGUUUUUCUGAUUUCCAAGGCCUAAUUAAUGAAUUUAAGGGAGCUGUAAGCGAUUUGAUCAGUCGACUCGAUCGAGGAAUUGGAAUUACCAAUGAAAAAUUGGAUUUGAUUUUGAAACGCAUUGAAGAUGUCGAAGCUCGUGUUGAUACAUCUCCACCGGCUGCAGUUGAGCGAACUGUUACCGAAAUAAUUGAAGAUUUGAAUGCAUUGGAAAAUCCAAUUGCUGGAUUCUUUGAAGAUGUUGAAGAAUUGAAAACAAAUGCUCAUCCAGAAGCCAAUGAGUAUUAUCGAAGGUAUCUUUUUUCAAAUCAGUUUUGGGAAAAUAUACAAAAAAUGUUUAUAGAGUUUAUGGGCUUCACCAAAGAAGAACAGCUUAUUUGGAUCGAUUGACAAAUCAAAUUCUUGUUCGUUUGGGUGUUCGAACUGAUACUUUGCACAAGGAAAACUUGACUCGUCUCGAAAAUGCAAGACAAACAUCAUUUGGUCGAGUUGAAGAAUGUAUUGAAUGGGUUCGAAUUCGAAUGGAAAAAUUGACAACUAUGGAAUUUUUGGAAGAUUUGGAAACUCUUGAAAAUAUGUUUGAACAACACAAAUUGGAUAAUCGAGAUAUUCAAGAUUUCCGACAAAAUGUUGAUGAAUGUAUUGCGAGACAAGCUGAAGUAUCAGCUGAAGAUACUUUCGAAUAUUGUGAACUUUUGCGUGUUUUAGAAUCUGAAUAUCAACAAUUGAGAGAUUUAUCAGCUGGAAGAAUGUUGGAUUUGGUUAGUUUUUUAUUUAAUUAUUUUUCAUUUAAUUGAUUCGUGUUUUUUUUCAGGAUUCUCUUAUUGCAUUUGUUCGUGCUGCUCAACUUGAGCUCAUUUGGGUUUCGGAUCGCGAAGAAAUUGAAGUUACACGAAAUUGGUCUGAUAUCAAACAACUUGAUCUUCCAAUGUUGACAAAUUAUUAUAAACAAUUAUUGCAUGAAAUGGAAUUGAGAGAAAAACAAUAUAAUGAUGUUCAUAAUCAAGGAGCUGCUCUUUUGAAUCAAGGACAUCCAGCAAUUCAUGUAAUUGAAGCAUAUUUGAGAACAAUGCAAAAUCAAUGGGAUUGGUUAUUGUCAUUAUCAAAAUGUUUGGAAGAACAUUUGAGAGAUGCUUUGAAUUUGAAAUCAUUUAUGGAAGAAGCAAGUGAUGCUGAAGCAUGGAUUGAAGAACAAGCAACAAGAUUGGAAAAUAAUUAUAAUCGAACUGAUUUUUCAUUGGAAGAAGGUGAACGAUUUUUGAGAGAAUUAGAUGAAAUCAAAGAUAUUCUCAAUAAAUAUCAUGGAGUUUUAAUGGCACUUACUGAAAGAUGUGCAACAAUUUCACCACUUUGGCAAAGAGGUGAAAGAAUUCCACAUCCAAUCAAUGUAACUGCACUUUGUGAUUAUGCUGAUAAAAAUAUCACAAUCAAAGCUGGAGAUGAUGUUGUUUUAUUGGAUAAUUCGGAUUUGAUCAAAUGGACUGUUCGAGAUUUAUCUGGAGUUGAAGGAUUGGUUCCAUCAGUUGUUUUCAGAAUUCCACCACCAGAUGGAAAAUUGACUGCAUUCUUGAAUCGUUUAUUGCAACAAUUUGAAAAAUUGAAGAAAUUGUGGGAGAAAAAACAUCGAAUGGUUCGAUUUAAUAUGGUUUUGAAUACAAUGAGAACUAUUCAGUGAGUUUAUUUCAAUUUUAUUUGUCAAUUAAUUUUAUUUUUUUUCAGAGGAUGGGAUUUGGAUACAUUCAAUUCAAUUGAUCCAGAUCAAAGAGAUGCAAUUAUGAAAGCAUUGAAUGAUGAUGCCAACAAAUUGUUGAGUGAACUCGAUCCAAAUGAUCCAUUAGCACUUCGACUUCGAGAAGAAUUGAGAAAAACCAAUGAACAUUUCUGGAAUCUUCUUAAUGCCAGCCAAAAACCACCAGAGCCAGAUUGGGCUAGCCAAUAUGAUCAAAAAAUGGCCGAAUUAUUGAGAAAGCUCGAAGAAGCUUGGAGAAGAUUGAAUGAUAAUGUUGGAAAACCAGUAUCAAGAACACCAGAAGAUUUGGAAAGAGUUAUUCAUGAACAUAAAAGAUUUGAAGAUGCUCUUCAAGCUCUUGAUGGAGAUGUUGCAAAUGUCAAAGAAUUGUUCCGUCAAUUACCAAAUCCAACACCAACACAACGAGUUAAUCAUGAUCGAUUGAAUGGAUUAUGGGAUGAUUUGUGGGAUUUGUCAAGAAUGUAUGUCGAGAGAAUUAAGGUAAUUCAUUUUUUCACCUUUUUUUUUUGAAAAUUAAAAAUUGAAACAAAUAAUUUCAGGUUCUCGAAUCUGUUUUGAAUGGAAUGGUUGAAGUUUCUGAUAUUGUGAAACAACAUGAAAUAACUUUGAACUCAUUUGAUGAUUUGCCAGCUGCACUUGAUAAAUUGAGAGGACAUCAUUCUCAAUUAUUGGAAAUUAAUAUGGUUUUGAAACAACAACAAACUGUUAUUGAUCAAUUGAACAAAAAUGUAGCACUUCUUCGACAACAUGUUGCUAGAACAAGAAUCAACGAGGGACAGUAAGUAUUUUUAUCCGAAGAGUCAUUUAUUCAAAAAUAGAAUUUUUAAACAAAAAUAUUUGUUUUCAGUCAUCCUGAUGUUGAUGCAAUUGAAGAAGAAGUUCAAAAAUUGAAUGUUCGAUGGGAAAAUGUGAAUUCACAAAUUGCUGAUCGUCUUCUUGCCGCUGAAAGAGCUCUCCAAAUUCAAAUGGUUUAUCGAUCAGAAUAUGAAACUGAAAUGUCGUGGUUGGACACUGUUGAAGAAACAAUAAAUCGUCUUCGAAAACCAGAAGAAUUGAGACCAGAACAAUAUCAACAACAAUUGGAUUUGUUAGUUGCUGAAUAUUCACAUCUUCAAGAACAUACUCAAGCAAUUGAAAAUGUUAAUAAAGAAGGUGGAAAAUUCAUCAGAGAAGCAAAGGUAUAUUUAUUUUUGAAUUUCAAUUCUUGGUGAAAUGUAUUUAUUGUUUUUUUUUAGACAUUUGAUGCUAAAAUGGGACAAUAUUCUGAUGCAAUUGUUGGUGUUCACGGACCUGAAAUUCGUCAAUUGUUCCGAAAAACCAAACCACAACCUAAAAAUGGUGCACAAAUUGUUACUGAAGAAUUGGAACUUCUCAAUCGUCGUUUUGCUCAACUCAGCUCAUUGAUUCUCGAACGUCGCAACACACUUCAAGUCUUGAUUCAAAAUUGGAAACGUCAAAAGCAGGUUAGUUCAACACCGCGCUUAGGGGGUUAUGGUAGUAGAUAUAAUAUUGUAGUUUUUAUUAUUCUAGUUUAGUUCUUCGAAAAAUAAUUAAAAGAAAAAUCAUGGCAUAGUUUCGAUCACACGUCGAAAAAAAUAUAUCUUUGUUUUUGCUAACACCAUCCCUUGGUUUUUGAUUUAAUAUUAUUUUUUUGGGAAAAUGUUAUUUUUGUUGCGGCUUUUUUUGCUUCCAGCUGCACCAAAAAAUAUAAAAUGCAAAUUUAAACAACCUAAAAAAAGUGUUCACCAUCACACCACCACCACCUAAUUUCAAUAAUACAAAAAUGAACUAAAAUGUGUUCCACCAAAAAUAAUUCAAAAGAAACGUAAGUUUAUUACAGGUACUCGUUUAACAAUUAUUUUGUAACUAAUUAUUUUUUUCAUUUUCAGGUUCAUAUAAAUUAUUUCAGAUAUAACGAUUGCGCUUGGCUUUUAUACUUUUAUUUUUAUUUCCGUGUUGUUUGUUGUGUGAGAAUUGUUUGGUUUUUUAUGUGACACGCUUUGAGUUCCUUGCUUUUCUAUGUAAAAUACACGCUUAAUUAUAUCUGUGACAGUAACUUUUUUCGAAAGACGAAAUUAAAUAGUCCGCAUUACAUAACUUUUUCAAUUAAAUAUCUGUGUGUUGUUUGGCUUUUUCCUAUCGCUGUUUGACUGGCUAAAAUUUUGCUCCGAUCUUCAUCUCUUUUUUCAUUUUUCUACAAAUUUAUUUUUUGCCACAUUCCAACUAUCUGGUUUGUGAAUUUAAAAAUGAAAUGAACAAUUGAUUUGGAAAGAUGCAAAAUUUUAUCCCGUGUUUGCUGUGUUUUAAUAAUGUUUCUCUCUGAAAAUUAAAUUUGGUCACAAUUUUUAAAUCACUUUUUUUCUACGUGUGCGUGAUUCUGUCAUGAUUUUUCUCGUAGUAAAAGUUUCUUAUUUUGGAUUUCUUUGGAAUGAUUUAUUAGGCGAAUGCGCUUCUAAUUAGAUGUUUUUUGAAUGAGAAUGAUAAGUGUAGUUGUAGUUGAGGUUUUUCAUUAUUUAGUUUGAUUUUUUAUGAAAAAAUCCGAGUGAUUUAACCUAAUGUGUGCGUGUGUUUUAUGCCUCUCUCAUUAUUAUGAAUAUGAUUUUGUUUUAACCUCAACAGGAAGAAGAAGAUCGUCGAAGAGCUGAAGAAGAAGAAAAACGACGAGCAUUUGAAGCUGCUCGUCUUAAAGCACUUGAAGAUGCUGAUAGACUUCGAAGAGAACGAGAAGAAGCUGAAAGAGCUCGUAGAGCAGCUGAAGAUGCUGAAAGAGCUCGUAGAGCUGCCGAAGAAGCUGAAAGAGCUCGAAGAGCAGCUGAAGAAGCUGAAAGACGUAGAAGAGAAGAGGAAGAAAGAAGAAGACGUGAAAGAGAAGAAGCUGAAAGAAGGAGAUUAGAGGAUGAAGAAAGAAGAAGAAGAGAAAGAGAGGAUGAAGAAAGACGUAGACGAGAGGAAGAAGAAAAACGCAAAAAGGUAAAUUAUGCCUGGUUUGAAGUGAUUUACUAACAUUUUUCAGUUUGAAACUUUCAAUAAUUCUGAAUUAUUUGGGUUAACCUUUCUUUUUCUAACAAAAUAAACAAAGAAAUGGAGUUUUCUGUAUUUCUGAAAAUGCAUGUUAGGAUUAAGUGGUGUAGGGAUUCUAAAACACAAAGAGCUGAAAUAAUUGUUUUUUUUCAGCCAAUCAAUCUCGAAAUCAAAAAUCCAUUCAUCACAAUCGAACCUCAAGUUACUGAUGAUCUUGAUGAUUUUGAAGAAACUGGUGUAAUUGGUGAUCGAGCAAAAAUAAGUGAAGUUGAAGAUGAAAUGCAAACAUUUGCUGAAGAAACAAUUGUGAAUACUCAAUUCUAUGAAAUGGAAGGAACAUUGCACAAACAAACUGGUGAAAUUGUUACUUUUGUUGAAGCAAUUCGACAAGGAUUGUUAGAUUUACAUUCUGGAAGUGGACAAUUCUUCGAUCUUCUCAAUGGCUCCAAAAUCUCAUUGGAAAAAGCUGCUGAACUUGGUUAUAUUGAUGGAGGAUUCCAAGAAGUUCUCAAUACUGAAUAUGGAAUUAAUCAUCCAGAAACUGGAGAAUCAAUUACACUUCUCACAGCUAUCCAAAUUGGCCUUUAUGAUCCAGAAAUUCGUCAAAUUCGAGACAUCAAUACUCGUGAAAUCUUAUCAAUGGUUGAUUGUACUCAUAAACGAAUCUUCAGUUUUGACACAAUGCACAAACUUAUCAAAAUGGGAAUUUUGAAACUUCCACCAAUGGGUUUGUCACAAGCUAUUGAACAAGGUGUCAUUAAUACUGAAACUGGAUAUUUCACUGGAAAAUAUACAAAAGAAACAAUGCCAAUCAAAGAUGCCAUUUAUCAUGGAUAUGUUCAAAUUGUGAAUGCUCAACAAGCUCCACAAAUUGCUAUCACAUUAUCUGAUGCUAUUGAAAAUGAUUUCAUAAAUUCAAAUAAUGGAGAAUUCAAUGAUCGCAACACCAAAGAUCAAUUCACACUUCGAGAUGCUGUUUCGAAAAAGAACAACUUGUUGAAUAUGAAUGUUCCAGAAGUUGUGAAUACUGCUGAAAACAAGAGAUUGUCUCUUGGAGAAGCCCUUGUUCGAAAUGCUGUUAGUGCUAGAAAUGGAAAUUAUACUGAUCUUCAAUCAAGAAGAUCAAUUUCAUUGAGAGAUGCACACAAAGAUGAAUUGAUCUAUAAACCAUUGACACUUCAAGAAGCAUCUGCUCGUGAUAUGGUUGAUUCAAAAGGAUUCUUUGUUGAUCGUGGAACCAAGAGUCGUUUCUCUUUGCUCGAAGCUAUUUCAUCUGGUCUUUUGGAUGCGGAAGUUCGUCAUAUUGUUGAUCCUGUCGAGAAGGAUGUUGUUUCAAUUUCCGAAGCACUCGAACGCGGUUUGUUGUCAGCAAACGGCAAGAUUAUUCUCGAAAAACAGCAGAAAGAGUUCACAAUUCCCGAAGCUGUCAGGGAAGGACUUUUGACAAAACGUGUCCGUCAUUCGAUCUUUGAUAUCAAAGGAAUUCGUAAUACUCAAAAUGAUCAACUUUUGAGUUAUAAUGAAGCUGUUGAAAUUGGUGCAAUUAUUCCAAAUGCUGAAAGAGUUGUUGAUUUGGCAACACAAGAAAGCUAUUUGAUCAGCGAUGAAAAAGCAAAACAAUUGAUCGAUGAAACAUUGCAUGAAUUAUUGACAAAACCAGUUGGAAUCAAAGAUGAAAGAGGAGAUUUCAAUUUGAAUUUGGUUCGAGCUGUUUCAAAAGGAUUGAUUGAUCCAUCAAAAGGUGUUUUCUUCAACAAAAAUACCAAACAAGAAUUAUCAACCAGAGAUGCAUAUAAUCAUGGUUUGAUCAGUUUGAGAGGAGCUCUUCAAGUAUUUGCACUUUUCGAUGUUCCACCAUCAUUGAUGACACCAUCCAAAAAAGUUGACAAAAAGAAGAGAAUCAGUCGACCAGGUCAACAAGGAUUGGAAUUGGCUGAAAAUCAAGUGAAAGUCACUAUUGCCGAAGCAAUGAAACAAGGAAUCAUUGAUUCAAGAACUCAACGUUUCCGUCAAGGUGAUAUUGAUAUGUCAUUGGAUGAUGCUCUUAGUCAAGGACUUAUUGAUCCAGCAAGUGAAUGGAUUGUUCCAGCAAGACAAAAAGGAGCUGGUCCAACAAUCGAAGAGAAAACAACUGAAACUGUUACUGAAACUGGACAACAAAUGAAACCACAAGUUCAUCCAAAUUCUGAUACAAACAUUGAAGAAUCAGUCACAACUGUGAAACGUGUUCGAACAACCGAAACAACUGCACUUGGUGGUCCAGGAGGAGUAUCAGUUUAUCGAUCAAUUACUGGUGGAAAAGGUGCCAUUGAAGUUCCAUCAAAUGGUUAUCACAUUUAUGAAGCCGAAAGAAAAGGUCUCAUUGAUUUGACCAGUGGACAAAUUUCUGCUCCAAAUGUUGAUCGAACUCUCACUUUUGCUGAAGGAAUUGAACUUGGUGUUAUCGAUGCUUCAUCAAUUACAGUCAGAGAUUCGAAGACUGGAAGACAAGUUGGUGUGAAAGAAGCAUUGGAGAAAAAUUUGAUUGAUAAAAAUGGAAGUUUCAAUGGAAGAAAUAUCGAAAAAUCAAUCGAAGAUAAGAAUAUUAUCAUCGAAGCUGAACCAUUAGUUCCAUAUACAAAUCAAUCGAAAAAUAUCAUUCAAAUUCCAACUGGAAAUGGACCAAUCAUCAGUUUCAGACAAGUUGGACAACCAGUUGUUGAAGAAUCUGUUCAAUCAUGGGAAUUCGAUGCUGAAAGUGGAACCUUUGUUGACAACUUAUCUGGAGAAAAAAUGACUUUGGAUCGAGCAAUUGCUUCUGGAAAAAUUGGAACUGAAGAUAUUUCUGUUCGCGAUGCUUUGACUGGUCGUGAAAUGAGUUUCGAAGAAGCUGAAAAAUGGGGAGUUGUUGACACAAAAGGAAAAUAUUAUCUUGAUAAAUCAUCAAAUCAACGAUUAUCCUACACUGAGGCUGCAAGAGAUCACCGAAUGUAUCCAACUGGAGGUGUUCCUGAUAAUGCUGCUGGUGCUCUUCAUACUUCUGUCAAAGUUCAAACAAGAACUCAAGUUGCCAAAAAAGAAGCAUUGUCAAGUGGAGUUCCACUCACUGAAAAUACUCUUGGAAAAGCUCUUGCUCUUGGAUGGUAUGAUGCUUCAUCUGGAACAUUCACAAAUCCAGAUACUCAAAAAAGCAUGACUUUGAAAGAAUCCAUCAUCAAAGGACUCUUCAACCCAUAUGACACAACUGUUGUUGACAAAAAAGCAAACAAAGAAUUAUCACUUCUUGAAGCAAUUCAAGAAGGAAUUGUCGAUGAUACUGCUGGAACUGUUCGUAAUACUCAAACUGGAGCCGUUCUCAAUUUGUCAGAUGCUGUAAAUGCUGGAAUUGUCAAAGGAAAGAAUUUCGGAGAUUCACUUGAUUCAAGCUUGUUCUCUGGAAGACUUGAUAUUGGAACUGGAAACUAUACUCAACCAUCUGGAGGAAGUGUUCCACUCUAUGAAGCUUUCAAGAAAAAUCUUGUCGAUCAUACUUCAGUUGUUGUUCGAGAUCCAUCAAGUGGAAAUGAAUAUUCAUACCAAGAAGCUGUUAGUCGUCGUAUCGUUGAUCCAGAUCGAGGUUUGAUUCAUAAUAGAGAUACUAAUGAAUCAACAAGCUUCCCACAAGCUUUGACAACUGGACUUUUGGCUUCAUCAAGCUCCAAUCAAAGACCAACAACAACAAGUCAACAACAACAAAGACUUGUUGAACAACGACUUCAAUUGACACCAUUUGCUCCAAAUCAAGUUGCCACAAGAUCUGCCGAUGGUGGAAGACAUGAAUUUGUUGAUUUGGGUGGUGGUAAACAAGUUAAAGUCAAAGUUGUGAAAGGUGAAGGAGGUGUUGAAAAAGGAGAAUAUGUUGAUCCAUCAACUGGAAUGAAAUUCACAAUUCAAAUGCACGGAGAUCCAUUUGUAACUGAAACAAAAACAAGUGUCAAAUCAACAUCACAAGUUCAAUCGGUCGAAUUGGAACCACAUGCUGAAUUUGUUGGAAUCGACAGAAUUCGCGACAAAAGAAACAACCGUGUAAUGUCAUUGGAAGAUGCAAAAAGAAUGGGAUUGGCUAAAGUUGACAAAAAAGGAAAACAAAUGACAAAGAGCUAUCAAGUUUUCCGAUCAAACAUUCAAAAUGCAGUUAAUCGUGGAGUCAAAGAUGCUCACGAUGAUAAACUCAGCUUGGAAGAUGCUAUUCGUGCUGGAAUCGUCGAUAUUCGCAAUUUGACCUACCGCCAUCCAAAAACAAAUGAGAAUAUCUCAUUGACUCAAGCUGCAAAUAUGGGAUUAAUUGAUUUGACUUUGUCUGAAAUUCUUCCAAAAGGAAUCACUCAUCCAGGAACCAAUGAAAAUAUCAGUAUUCAACGAGCUAUUGAAUUGGGAAUUGUUGAUGCCAGAACUGGAGAAGUUAGAGAUCCAAGAACUCGUGAAAGAUUAACUUGGUUAGAUAUUUUGAAAACUGUCUAUCAAGCAAUCACAACUGAUGGAAUUUUCGAUCCAACAAAAGGACAUCAUGUUCCAGUAACAUCUGCUUUAAAUGAUGGUUUAAUCAAUGUAUCAUCUGGAAAUUAUCAUAAUCCAAUCACCGGAGAAAAUGUUCCAUUGACUGAUGCUGUUGAACGUGGAUUGAUUGAUCGAUCAACAUAUGAAACUAUUACCAAACCAUUUGUCAAUGAUUAUCGAAGCAACAGAAAAUUGAAUCUUGUUGAAGCUGUUCGAGAAAGACUUGUUGAUCCAAAAAAUCGAACAAUUCAACUAUCGAGAGAAAGUAUUGUUCCAAUUGCUAAAGCUAUUCAAGAUGGCCGAAUUCCACAUGAAAUUGGAGAAAAACUUCGACGAGUCGAUAAAUUGACAUUUGCUGAAGCUCUUGGCAAAGGAUUGAUCGAUUCAAAAUCCAAUAUUUUCACCGAUCCAGACACUGGAAGACAAAUGACUAUUGCCCAAGCAAUUGAAGCUGGAUUCAUUGAUACUGGAAGUGUUGAAGGAAUCGAAGGAAAUGAUGAGAAAAAUCUUUCAAAUGUUUUGAAUUCAUCAGAAUUCGAUGAAAAUUCUGGAAGAAUUCGUGACAAAUCCACCGGUCUUUAUCUCACUUUCUCUGAUGCUGUUAGCCGAGGAGUUAUCGAUGGAGAUUCAUUGAUCCAUUUGCAAGAAACUGGUGAUAUUGUUACACUUCGAGAUGCUCUUCAACGAAAAAAGAUUGAUUCCGAUGGAAAAUUUGUUGACGCCAACAACAGCCGUCUUCGAUUAAGUGAUGCUAUCAAAUCUGGUCGAAUCACUGUUAUCUCAAGUCCUUCUGAAGCUGUUCAAGCAGUUACUGAAGGAGUCAAACGACGAGAUGCUGAAGGUUACAAAUUCAAAAUCACCGAAUACGAAGAUGCUCAAAGACAAAGUGUUCCAAAAUUCAGAGAGUCAGUAACAUCUUCCAAAUUCACACCUCAAUAUAAUGAACCUGGACUCUCUGUAAGAAUGAGACAAUCAGUAACAUCAAUCGGAGAUAGAGCUAGAAGUUUUAUCGAUGAUCCAUCUACUUUGGCUGAUCUUCAACAAGACUUUUUGAGUGGACUCGAAGCCAACAAAUUUGAUACUGAUUCAAGAGUUAUCGAAAAUCCAUCAACUGGUCAAAGAAUAUCUGUUAGAGAAGCUGCUGAAACCGGAUUAUUGGAUGUUAUGACUGGAGAAAUUGUUCAUCCAGAAACUGGUAGAAGAUAUUCGAUUCCAAGAGCUGUUCAUAUGAAAUUAGUUAGCGGAGAUGCCGCAAAACGAUUAAUGGAAGGAUUAAAUAUGCCAAUUGAAGAAGUUAACAAUGUUACCGGACAAACAAUUGGUGGAACAACUACAACAACUACAACAACAACAACUUCAUCUCAUCAAAAUGAUAUUCCAUCAAGUUCAAUUGGUGGUUCUGGUGGUGUAACAACUCGUGAAUUCACUAAAACUAUCAAUUGGCACGGUCAACCAUCUGAAUUGAGAAAAUCAAAAACUGAUGAAGUGCUUGCACAAUAUACAACAGUUACUUCAAAUACAUCUGAAUCAACUCAAGAUGCUCCAAAAUGGGCAAGACAAGAAUAG